AUGGCUACCGACUACUUUUCCGACCAGGAAACCUUCCUGACCAACCACCCGCUUCCCACCCCCGCUGGAACUCCAUACAGCUCCUUAUCCCGAAGAACCUCAACACACGAAACACCAGGAAGCGAUGUUCCCAGUUCACCACCUCCACUUCCACACGACAACAGUUCCAGUUGGGACGAUGCUGCCAACGACGAGAGUAUCUCAGUCCUGGAUCCGCGCCGCUUUACUCCAACCUUACAUGCCAAUCUAGUCUCGGAGAUCUUGAAUCUCCGCCGGGAACUUGAUUCGAAACACAGGUUCAUCGAUGAUCUGGAGACAAAUCUAGAUACAGCGCGAUCCGAAAAUGACGCCCUUGCCAAACAGCUUUCCUCGUCCAACAAGGAAAGCAAAGCCGUCAAACGCCAGCUCCAGCACUUCGAGACCGAAACACUUGCUGCAUUGGAGGAGAUUGCAGGUGAAAGAGACAAGUUCAAGGAGACCAAUGCCGACUUGCGAGAGAAACUAGCUGCAGCAGAAAAGAGGACAAGAAGCCAAGAUGACGACUCUACCAAGGUGCACGACAUGUGGGCUCGCGAAAAAGAAGAGUGGGCAGGAGAAAAACGAAUUCUGGAGCGACGUGUUCAUGUGUCAGAGACCCGCUUGAGGAUGCUUUUGGACGAGAUUGCUAUCCAGGAAGAAGCUGCCAAUGAAGAGGCUGGUGUCGAAAGUGAGGCUGAAGACCCGAGCAAGGACACUGGUAUACCGGAGAGCGACGCAGGAAGCGUACGUUCAUCGCCCCAGCGAAGAUCAUCUACACGUCUUGGACGUCAUUCCAGGAACAGAAGCAACAGCAGUUACAGGAGCAUCGGACGCAACUACCGGAUGUCGUUGAUGAGCUCUGAUGGGUAUGGCAGAGGCAACGGUCUGAGCCUUGCAGAUGAGCUCACAUUCGACGAAGAAGAGGAAGAGUUGGAUGAUCUGGAGCUUGACUCGGACGACUUCCCUGAAAAUGAAAUGCGGGCUCGAAGAGUUCGCGAGUCGCGACAGUCGAUGUUACCUGACGAAAAAGCAAAGCGCAUCCUAGGAUUAAGCAGCGAAACCCAGCAAGUUACAUGGGAUAGCCCUGUCAUGGCGGCCGAUGAUACCGAGCCGCGGAAGUCGUCAUAUGAAACGGUUCAAUCGUCAGUAACAUUGACGCCUCGCGAUAUCACCCUCGUUUUCCCUCCAACUCGACCAAUAUAUGUCGAUACCGGUGUGCAACCGUCGCCUCCACCAUCACCUGCCAAGUUGGUCAUGGUGGAAGCGACGUCGCAAACUAUUGAGCCAUCGGUCCAGACAAAGUCGAACGAUUUCCCAUCUACUGCUGCUGAGGUUGAGGCCAACCAAAGUCGGAAGCGUGUUUCAGUACCCUUGACUUCCAGCCCGCCGGUCCAAGCCAGCCCUGAAAUUUGCACAACGACCUCAAGCUCGGUACAGACAAUCGAACAGCCUCUCAGUCCGCCACCUACGCCUAGGAUUCCUCAGCCAUCAGACAAUGCACCAUUGUCACCAGUUUACCAAACUGAGCUCGUGUCUACGGCAACGCAGACAGACUCGCCGAUCGAGCCUGAAGUAGUACCGGAAAAGCCUACUAGAGCGCCACCGCCAGCACCGAUAACAAUCCCUUCUAUUGCUAUCCAUGCUCCUACAUCUGCUCCUUCGUCGCCCAAGGCCCCUAUUCUUCCUCCAGGAACCAAGACUGUCUCGACUCAAACCACCGGCGACCUGGUAGCUCCAAUGACUUCUACCGCCAUGCAGACUGAGCCAAUUAGGAUUGACCAAAGAGCUGUGAAGCUUCCUGCGCAUCUCCUUCCUUCUGCUAUAACCUCCAAGCCUGGAACGCCUGAGGCAGAUCACGUCAAGACAAUCAAGAAGGACUCCAGUGACGCCGAGAACUCUACUCUCAAGACAACCUCUCGUCAAGACUUCAUUGCUCGUCUUGAGAAGGCUGCUGAGAAGAAGAUCGAGAACCGUUACCCAGGGAACAACGACAAUGGACCUUUGUCGCGUCAGCUUCAUGCGGACGUACUCAACCGACCCUUCCGGACAAGCAGCCUUUUCGCCGGUUUCGAUGGCCCCUCAUCUGAUGAAGAGGAUGACGAUGCGGAGCUGAGCGACGACGACUACAGGAGCCACCAGUUCUCUACUCCAAUGCUUUCAUCGCGUAAUGCAAAGAGCGGACGGCCAGUAAACCCACCUACCCCGGUCCCUGAAGACAAGGAAUCCACGCCGAUGCCUAGGCCAUCCGAGGACUCCGUCAACAGUGUUUCUAUAGCGUCUAAGCGAAGCUCAAUGGAGAAGCCCUCUAGAGUUGGCAAGACACAGCGUAACUCUAUCGGCCGCCAGCCCAGCAUCCGACGAUCUGCUAUGAUCCACAGCGGAACCGCAGCGCACAACAUACCGAAGCCACCCUUCCCGGUUCCCACUCGAUCCAGCUCUCGCAACAAGCCAGUGAGCAAAAGCGAAGGUUCGCAAAGCCCAACACCUCGCAACAGUGGAUCGUAUGCUGGUCGCCGUCCAUAUGGCGUAAAGCAUCAGCGGAAAGACAGCCUACGCAAGGUGCGAUCUGCUGCUCCUGUCUCCAAGGGCGCACGCUCUCGUAGCAGAUCACCCACACUGCCUGCGACUCCUAGCAUUGCAGACACAUCUUCCAUUCCUCCCCUACCGAGUGACAUUGCCAGCGCAAGUGGCUUCCGCCACCGACACCAACUAUCAAAUGCAACCGCAGCGACAAGCUACACAGCCAACGGAUCUACCAACACUUCUGUCUCGCACACCAGUGUCGUCGAUGCGAUCGCUGCAGCCAUGAUUGGAGAGUUCAUGUGGAAGUACGUGCGCAAGAGGAAGACCUUUGGUGGCCCUGACACGCCGGUGGAUGUCAGUCGAGCAGCAGAGGAGGCUUCUUUGGCUAGCCAUGGUGUGAGGCACAAGCGUUGGGUCUGGAUCUCUCCAUAUGAAAGAGCCAUCUUGUGGAGUAGCAAACAGCCAACGACUGGUUCCGCGUUGAUGGGUAAGAGUGGUCGCAAGCUCGUCAUCCAGUCUGUUCUCGAUGUCGCCGACACCUGUCCUGCCCCGAAGAACGAGACACUCUUCAACCGCUCUAUCCUCAUCCUUACUCCUGCUCGCGCACUCAAAUUCACCACAUCGUCCCGCGAAAGGCAUUACCUUUGGCUGACAGCCCUUUCUUUCCUCGCCCAUUCGAGCGCACCCAUGCCAGAUCUGACUUCUUUGCCACCGGUACCUCCGCCGGUCGACGAAACACUCCAACGUCAACAAGGUGCGACACUCCGCCGUAGUCGUGUUCAGGACUCUGUGCGUCUCGCCAAGGGAAGGACCAACCCAGUCAUGGCUCGUUACGCAGCUCAAGACGAGCCAAUGCCUAGCUUGCCAUCUCUCGCUGGAUUCGAAACGGCUAUGCCAGACUCUGCCAGCCCUCCAACUAUUCCUCGUGGGCCACAGCAUGGCAGGAAGAGGAGUUCUACAGGACCAAGCGCACCUCCUCCAACUGUUCCCUUCCGUAGUUUCUCGCACCAGCAUGUACCGUCGGUCUACUCCAACGUAUCAUCUGAUAUGUACAGUGCCGGCGUACCACCAUCAGUACCUUCGUCAGUCUACAACCCCAACAGCGGCGCCAUGAGUUCGCGAACCUCAGAAGCCAGCACAUCGACUCGUCAACAUUUCUUCGACACCAUGGGCACAGUCCGCAUGGAAGCCUUCAUCGACAACGCUCUCGGCGACCCAAAGCAGCUGAGCAGCUACGGCGGACGAGCACCGCACAUGCAACAUCGUCGCCGACGUGGCAGCAGCCAGUGGAGCGCGAGCACGCGCGACCAGUCGAACCGAGGCGGCGGUCUCUUCGACUUCGACGCUAACGAUCCUUUCCGUGGUUUCUAA